GUAAUGUUUGUUUAUCAAAACAAAAAAGGACCAAAAUUCCGUCGUGACACCGCAAAAUAUGUAGAAAACAAUCAAAACGGGAAUGGACCCACACAAUCCCUAACCUAAUUUGUUUUUUUGUACUUAAAAUAUUGGAAUGUUGCGGCUACGCAAACUUGAAAUUACGGUGUACUUCAGUGUUUACAUUGCCUACCUCAUUUACGGCCUGUGGAAAUUGUAUCAAGUGCGGAAUGACAUAAUACGGACUGCCAUAUUUCAAUUUGCAGAGGGCUGGAAGCUGCUAGAGCGACCACGCGAUGACAGUAACGAUGAACUGGAAAACUUCACAGCAUAUAUCAUUGGUAAUUGGCACUGGUAUGUGUUGCAUAUAUUUGUUAGUAUAUUUGCAUGCAACAGGUGGCCACAAUAUGGAAGCAUAUUUCAUGCUCUUGUGAGCAUUGUGGCGUUAGUGGUGAAAAUGCAGCUGCUCUCAUUGUGCAUCAUCACUCUACUGCUGAUAUCUUACUAUACAAUGGCUACUUAUAAUUCUAAGCUUUUGACUUGGUUCUUAUCAAUUUUAUGGAUGGUUUCGAUUAAUCUCAUAAAGAAUAGUACUUAUAUUUAUGCUGAACUGGGUUACAAUGAAUACUUUACCUUAAUUGUUAUGCUCUCGUGGUGUUUGCUGCGUUGCUGCAGCUUUACGCUCAGCUGUAGCAUUGAUAGGAAGACUGGUUCAUUAGAGAAACACAACAAUACUUAUACGCUAGUUAAUUUUCUUGGUUAUGUGCUUUACUAUCCAACACUUGUGUAUGGUCCAUUCUUGGAAUUUCAUCGUUACAUGACACCCAUACAAACGCGUCGUUCAAUUGAAGUGCAAUUUGUCAAAAUCAUGCAAUUAUUAUGGGAAUUGGUUCGUGUAUUAUUUUGGUGGCUUGUCUUGCAAUUAUCGCUGCACUUCUUCUAUGUACACUACAUGGCACGAGAUGUGACAGCUGUUAAACUGGUUCAUCCAGUAUUUGGACAACAUGCAGUUGGCUAUUAUAUGGGCCAAUUUUUCUUUCUGUAUUAUAUUAUAACUUAUGGUUUGGGCAUUGCUUUUGCUCACUUCGACGAGCUAAAUCCACCAAGUCGACCCCGCUGCAUUGGGCGCAUACACUUUUAUUCGGAUAUGUGGAAAUAUUUCGAUGAGGGACUAUAUGAGUUUCUGUUCAAACAUAUAUACUGCCAACUCUGUGCCAAAAAUUCUUCACUUGGCCGUAAACUGUUCGCCACUGCCGCUACAUUCGCCUUCGUCUAUGCCUGGCACGGUUGCUACACAUACGUACUUAUUUGGAGUGUCAUGAACUUCUGCUGUCUGGUAGCCGAGAAGUUUUUCAAAGCGCUGGUGGCAUCGCCCGCAUAUAUAAGCAGAGUGCACAGUGUUUUUGGUAUCAAAGGAACGCAGUAUUUGAACGCUUUUCUGGCUACACAACUUUUCAUACCCGCCGCAUUUUCCAAUGUUUACUUUAUUAGCGGCAAGGAAGUGGGUGAUUUUUUGAUGCGUGGUGCUUACAUGAGCGGCUGGGGCAACUACAUCGCUCUUUCAGUGUGUAGCUUCUGUUUCUUCCAAUGUUCCGAAUUGAUAUUAAAUGUUCGAAAGCAAAUGUGAUUCGUUUUAAGUUUACUUAAAUAUGUAAAUUUUGUAAAUAUGUUUAAUUAUAU